AUGCGCCCUCUUCCUGGCAGCAGCACCUUCUCGGGGCACGCUUUGUCUGGUGAUGGAGCUACCGAUCGCUUCACAUCGCAGUCUUCAGCUCCUCAAAUGUCCUUCAUCAUUGCAGACGAAACCGCCGUGGAAACAGCCUUACCAUCGCCUUGUCACAACCAUCCUCGUGCUCGCGAUCGAAAACAUCCAAUACACAACCAUUUUCCUGCCGGCACCUCGUCGAGCCGUGAUUCUAGUGCAGCGCCCCCUGCGCCUGCUCCCCGUCCUAACCUCACAUCCACGUUGCAACCUCGUGAAGCCGUACAGAACCGACCUCCAGUCCCAAGCAAUAGGUCGCCAACGAGAAUACAGACACCUCCGCCGCCGACAUCGUCUCAACCCAUGACACCCAUCCUUUAUGGCGUCUCCGGUCCAUGUUCCGCCAUAAGCAGCUCCUCCUCUCGACGAAACUCGCUGGCAGGGUCGCUAUCCGAAUACCAAGAGAGCUUCGUCAUGAGCGCCUUCGGUGCCUCUGAGUCUGGUCAAGCUCAGAGCUCGUACAACGGCGAGGGUGCCCAACAGUUCAUAAUGCCUACAAUCAGUGUCCCCAGCCGACGACCUUUUACUGAAGUUGGAAAAUCUUUGGGGAGGCUUAAAUUGCUCGUGGCGGGCAAAUCAGGUCUCGGGAAGACAUCUUUGAUCAGAGCUAUCACGCAGUCAUGUCCUCACGUUGUGCAUGUUGAUCCCACAGUGCCCAUCGCCAUGGCAUCCAGCGGACUGCUGCCAAUGAAUACGCUUCCCUGCGACCCUCCAAUGGCCCAGGGCACCUUUCAGAUUACUAAAACACUCGCCAGUACAAAGCCGUAUCCCCAGUGGUGGAGAGAACCAACCUCGAUCAGUUCUCUAUCUGGUUCUGAUACUGCCGGCGACAGGGUUCUAGACAGGAACAUCUGCUUUGUUGACACGCCAGGUUACCAGGAAACAUGUCGGCCGUUCGAUACUGUUGAGCAAGUUUCGCACUACGUCGAAUCACACUUACACAAAAGUCGACUCGACGAUCUCGAUGAUUCCAAUGUCUUAAGGACCAUGAGUGGAGGAGGUGGUCUACUUGUAGAUGCCGUGCUUUAUAUGAUUUCCUCUUCAGGCCUCAGUUCGACCGACCUGCACUAUAUUCGCCAGCUUCAGUCGCUCACAAACGUCAUACCUCUCCUGGCGCAGGCAGAUUUGCUAACAGCGGGUGAGAUGGCAAAAGGCAAAGAACGGGUUUCCCGCCAGCUAGCCGAUGCCGGUCUUGACCUUUUUACACUUACUUCACAAGGUCUGGGUGCGGCAGGAACGUUGAACAUCUUCGCAAUCUCUAGCAAGACCGGCACAGACGACGAUUUAAUGGAUGCUAGUAUCCUAAUGAGUCCGGAAUAUGUUCAACCUCUAGUACCGACGGACCUUUCCAGCCUUGUGAGCUAUAUCUUCAGCUUCGACGGGGCCGCAUGCUUGCGUCACAACGCGGCAAAGAAGCUACUUGGUUGGCGUUGUCGGCACGCUGCCACGGGCAACGCGUCUUUCGCCAUCGCAGCACAAACGGGUUCGACAUCAGAGAGAAGAAUGCUUCUCUCUAGGACCAAUUUUUCGACCCCUCUCACUGUGAGCCGCGUGUCGAACCACAGCCAGCACGAGGAGCGCUUCUGCCGCCUCCAACUGACGAACUGGGCUGCAGAUUUACAGCGCAGUCUGGUCAGGGAACGGCUAAUGCAAGAACGAAGAUCGCGAGAGCAGGCAUCUAUGUGGCUGAGAGGGACAUGGAGAGAGGUAGACUUGCCUUCAGAUGACAGAGGUUCAUCAAUGGCACUGGCACGGACUCGGGGACGACCACAUUUGCUCAGAAAAAGAAGACACAGUUCUGGGUCAGAUGUGCUGGUGAAGGAACAGGACCCCCUAGGCCUGCUACAACUCAGGGACUUUCGGUGGAAGGGCACCCUGGAAAUGGUUGGUGGCGUCGGCAUACUCGGUGGUUUGGCAUGGCUGCUGAUUUGA